AUGGCCACCACUCUUCGUCGGCGCAUCCCGCCGGAGACGACGCCAGCCGAUUCCACCGACGACUCGAAAGAAGGCACUCCGCCAGUCCAGCCAACAUCUCACGUCCAUGUGAUUGAACGGGGGCCCAAGGCGCGUAAGCGUCGCAACACCUUCAUUUUUCUGCUGGGCGGCCUAUGUGGUCUCCUUGCGGCGGGCUUCUUUGCAAAGACGAAUGACUUGAUCGACCUCCCCGAGAUUACGGAACUCACAAUGGACAGUUUGCUCGAUGUUAUACCCGCCGGCUUGAUCAAAGACAUGCGGGAUCUUGCACAGGGAGAGCGUGAAGUUGCGUCUUCCUACGAUGCGUUUGCCGUAGGCCUGAAGGCUCGGGCUGAGGGCCUGGAGGCGCAUCACCCCAUGAUCAUGAUACCUGGCGUCAUCUCGACGGGCCUCGAAUCCUGGGGAACAGCUAAUAUCUCGAGACCUUACUUCCGAAAGAGGCUAUGGGGAAGUUGGACUAUGAUGAAGGCCUUGGUUCUUGACAAGGAGAUUUGGAAGAAGCAUAUCAUGCUCGAUAAACGGACCGGGCUUGAUCCGCCUAUGGUGAAGCUACGCGCAGCACAGGGGUUUGAUGCAACCGACUUCUUCAUCACAGGCUAUUGGAUAUGGAGCAAAAUCUUUGAAAACUUGGCCACCAUAGGAUACGAUCCCACAAACUCCUUCACGGCCGCAUAUGAUUGGAGACUAUCUUAUCCUAAUCUCGAAGUCAGAGAUCAGUACUUCUCCAGGCUAAAGGCAUACAUCGAGACCGCAGUCGAGUUCGAAGGGCGCAAAGUCGUCCUUGCCUCGCACAGCAUGGGAAGCCAAGUCAUCUUUUACUUUUUCCAUUGGGUCGAAUCGGACCAAGGCGGCCGUGGCGGAGGGGACUGGGUGGAUCGUCAUGUCGACUCUUGGAUCAAUAUCAGCGGCUGCAUGCUGGGCGCAGUAAAGGAUCUGACGGCGGUGCUGUCCGGAGAGAUGCGCGACACGGCGCAGCUGAAUGCGCUGGCAAUUUAUGGACUGGAAAAGUUUUUGAGCAAAGAAGAAAGAGCGGAAAUUUUCAGAGCCAUGCCGGGAAUCUCUUCGAUGCUGCCUAUCGGAGGCGACGCAAUUUGGGGAGAUCUGAACGGAGCCCCAGAUGACCAGCCCGAUCAAGAACUUUCUUACGGCUCUUUUCUUAAUUUCCGAGUCGGCUCAAACUGGACGACUCCAGAUCGAAAUUUUACUGUGGAGGAUUCCAUGAGCUAUCUCUUCAACACGGCCGAUGAAUGGUACACAGACCAGAUCAAGCGCAGCUAUUCCCAUGGAGUUGCCCACACCACUGCAGAGGUGGAGGCAAACGAGAAGGACCCUAGAAAAUGGAUCAAUCCACUCGAGACGAGGCUUCCGCGGGCACCAAAUCUGAAGAUAUACUGCUUCUAUGGCGUUGGAAAACCUACAGAGCGAUCCUAUUUUUACAAAGCACCUGAUCAGCCGACCAUGACUAAUCUCAACAUCACCAUCGAUGUUGCCUACACCGAAGGGACGGCUGAUCACGGUGUUAUUUUAGGCGAGGGAGAUGGAACCGUCAAUCUAUUGAGCACCGGAUAUAUGUGCAAUCGUGGUUGGCACAUGAAACGGUAUAACCCCGCUGGAGCUCAUAUCACUGUGGUAGAGAUGCCUCAUGAGCCUGACCGAUUUAGCCCGCGGGGCGGUCCCAAUACUGCUGAUCAUGUUGACAUCCUGGGAAGACAGACGCUCAACGAGCUGAUCUUGAGAGUCGCAGCAGGCAAAGGGGAGACCAUCACGGAUUAUGUCGUCAGUAAGAUUGGGGAAUAUGCAGACAAGGUGAAGAUUUACGAAGAAGAAGACGAAAGCAACAAGAAGAAUAAAAAGAAGAGUUCAUAG